ACUCAGCGUUCCUCCGUUGCUAUGGUAACGUCUGUAACUAUCGUCCUUCCUCAGCUAGCUCUCGUUAGCUCACCUUGACAAACUUAAUUUUAAAUUAUAUGAAAGCUGAUCCUGACAUUACAAGAUAUAACUGCAUUAUUUUCAUAUUCCUCCAUGAACAGGUUGGAGUGUUUGGGGAAGUCCUCCACUAUCUCACAGAAACAGGCAGCAGGGGACGGGCCAUCCGCCCAUGCUAAGAUGCACAAAACAAGAGACAAAGUGGGGACAAAGGCAGCUGCUGGCAAACCUCGGAGUCCCCCUGCCCAUGCAAAGCCUCCUUCUGCACUGGUUUCCUGCCAGGUGACUCAGUGUUCUGGGUUUCCAAGCGGGGAUGUGCUGAAUGCAAACGGCCACUCAUCAAAGGAACCCAUCAAGACAACACCAAAGAUUGAAGAACAAGUACAGCAGACUGCAGUGCUGGUUGAAGAGCUGAAAAUUAAAGGUUUGAAGAAAGCACAGAGCACCGCCUUAGCACAAACAGGAAUGCAACAUGUGUGCCCUGAAGUAAAACCUCGUCCAAGUAAGGAGGAGGAAGAGCAACCUGGGGAAAAGGAUGAAGACAUUAAGACACCAGUGGAGCUGAAAAUUGAGUUCCUCAGAGCUGUGAUGGAGAGAGACUUUGAGCGGGCCUGUAAACUGUGUCAGAUGAUUCUCCUCCAUGAACCAGAAAACCCAGAGGCCUCUGAGUUUCUCCCUCUGAUCAAGAAGAAGCUGCUGGAAGAGCAAGAGGCAGAGCAGAGCAGUGAGGAAGAUGAUGAUGAGGAAGACGACGAGGACUCUGAUGACUCUGGGAGUGAUGAUGAUUCGUCUGAAAGCUCAAGCUGCUCCUCUUCAUCUUGCUCCUCUUCUACACAAUCAGAUAAUGAGGAUGAUGAAGAGGAGGAAAAGCAGGUGAACAGACACAAACCGUGUCCUCCUUCCAACAUUUCCACGUGAAUCUAUUAACCGAUUCUCCAGUUAGCUUUUACCAAUUGAUACUCCUCGUUACUUAAAGGAGCAUCGUCUCCUCCUCUUUGUGUGUAAGGGACUGCUUUAUUCUAAUGAGCUAUUUUGCACUGAUGUAAUCUUUGUUUUUGUUCAUAUUUAACCUGCAAUUAAAGUUUUAAUGUUGAUGAA